GCUACCCAUUUGCACCAUAGAACAGUAGCAAAACGCAAAUAAAGAAGUUUCGGUAGCUUGAAUUCCCACAUUUUGCCCCUUCAAGACAUGGAGAUUCAACCUGGUACCUCCGUACCAGAAGUCAAACAGAUUGCAGAUGACUCAGGCAACCAUCUCAUUAACUUUCAUGGCUUUUGGUUCACCCCCUUCUUCCUCCAAGCAACCGAAGAACUACUUAAACACUUCAAACCACUUCCUAAUGAUGUCAUCUUAGCCUCUUUCCCUAAAACUGGCACCACAUGGCUCAAAUCUCUCCUCUACUCCAUUAUCAACCGCUCUUCAAUUGAUCAAUUGACAAGAAGCAAUCCCCAUAAACUUGUGCCACAACUUGAGCUACAAGUUUAUGGACCACAAACGGUUUCUCCUCCUCCUUUUCCCUCUCUUGACACUUCAUCAUCCAAUAGGAUAUUCGGCACCCAUCUCCCAUACCAAAUCAUCGGCGAAACAGUUAACUCAUCAGAUUGUCGCGUCGUUUAUGUUGCGAGAAAUCCGAAGGACACUCUUGUGUCCAUGUGGCAUUUUGUCAAUACACUGGAAAUGUUUAAAACUUUCCCAUGGCCACUAGAGGAUUUUGUGGACAACUUUUGUAAAGGGCACAUUGCUUUUGGACCUUAUUAUGACCAUGUGUUGGGGUACCAUAAAGAGAGCAUGGAAAGACCUAAGAAAUUCUUUUUUAUUACUUAUGAGGAACUGAAGAGAGAUCCAAAGACUCACGUUAAGAAAUUGGCCGAGUUCUUGGGGUAUCCCUUCGAUAACGAAGAGCAAGUGGAGGAGGUGGUGAGGAGUUGUAGUAUUGAGACAUUGAGAAAUCAUGAGGUGAACAAGUCAACCGAUUCAUUCAGUUUCUUUGAAUUUCCACAUAAUUCCUACUUCAGAAAAGGGCAAGUUGGGGAUCACAAAAAUUACCUUUCCAAGGACAUGAUCAACCGCAUUGACACAAUUACUAGGGAGAAAUUUCAAGGAUCAAUCUUAAAUCACGAGGAAGAAUGAGUCCCCAAAGUUCCCUGCAUGCAUUGGUUACCCUUGGGCUACAGUUUGAAUCUCAUUUGGUGCUUCAGUUUCAUCAUAAUAAACCUAACCUAUAGGCUACUGUUAGAUUGUUUGAUAAACUUAGUGAUAUCAAACACUAUCAUUUGGUGUACUAUAGGCUGCUGCUUCUUUUUUAUGUUCUAUUCUUUGAGUUUUUCAUUUUGUAUGUAAGUAUGUUUGUUUGUAUGUUGUUGGACUCCGAAAACACUUGUCACCAAAUUCAUAUGUAUCAAUGUUAUCGUUGUAUGUUGAUGAAAUUU